GACUCUCACGAAAUUUGGGGCCAUCUUUCUUUCUUCUCUACUCUCCUUCCAUCAUUCUUUUCUUUGUACAUUUCUCUCUCUUUCUCUCUCUCUCUCUCUCACUGUUUCUCUUUCUCUCUCGAUCUCUUUUUUUCUCUUUCUCUAUCUGUCUCUGUCUCUCCUCUAUGAUGUGUCUACUCUUAUAAUAAAAAGGGAAAGUAAUGGAUCGAUGAUGAAAUAAAAUGGCCGCAUCUUGUGCCGGUUUACGCCCAUACACACAAAUUGUUUACUAUUUUGCGACAAUUGUUCAGUUAAUUUCAUGGAAUCAAGUGAUCUGCGAGCACAAUAAAAGAUAUCACAUGUCAACCCUUUGUAUGAGGGAAAAGUACACACCAUUGUCCAAACAAAUCGAUGGGGCAGUUAUCACAUCUUCUCGAGAUGAAAACAUGAAUUGUACCUUAACCUUUCAAACUGAACUUGUCUCACAACGAUUUAUGCUUCGAUUUGAUGAUCUUCGCCUUGACUGUUAUGAUCAUCUUUAUGUUUAUGAUGGUGAUGGUUUCGCAGGCCAAUCAAAAGUUAAUCUUUCUUGUCGGAGUACACGAGGAGAUUACGGGUUAAUCUUUUUUCACAGUAAUUAUAUUACUCUAAAGUAUCAAACUGACCAAUGGAGCCAAUCGGGAGAUGGAUUUACAUUGGUCAUCACUGCCGUCAGGGAUACUCCUGAUUGUCGGAGUUUUAAAUGUCAAAACACUUAUUGCAUAUCUUAUGAUCUUAUUUGUGAUGGAGUUGAUCAUUGUGGUGAUAAUAGUGAUGAAACAAAUCCAACAUUUUGUUUGUCUGAAGAAGAUGAAACCGGAUCAAUUUUAGGUCUACCAAUAUCAAUUUUCAUAGGCCUAGUAAUUACUGUAUUCCUUAUGUGUUUAACGUGUGUUUUAGGAUUAGCAAUUUAUCUGUGUAAACGUGAACAGCAAAUGCAUCAGCAACACCAAAGGAUAAUACUUCAUCAAGCAACCACACCUAUUUUAGCUCAUCCCGCCUCAUAUAAUGCCAAAUCGACGACAUUUGUUUAAAAAUUGAUCACCUUUCAAUCAACGAUGGCUCAGUUUUAUCAAGCAAAUUGAUAAACAAUUAAAGGAGACCUGUUGUUGAUCAUUUGAUAAAUGCAACAUGGAAUUCAAAUUUUGUGUAUUCGUGCCUUUAACCUGUUGAUUUUUUUUUCUGAGAAUUCGUGAUCAGCUGAGACACUUAAAUGUCGAUAUUAAUUUUUUAUUUUUCUGUUUUUUUUUCGAGAAAAUCAUCAAACAAAAUCUUCUUGUUGAUUUCAUUCAUUGAUUCUCAAUUGUCACAUGAAACUUUCAGAACUUUUUCUCUGAUCUAUUAUUAUUUUCAAAUGAACUUCGAUAAUUACUCCCAACAAUAUUGGAUAAUGACGAUAAUAUAAUGGAUAUUAUUUGAAUGAGAAAAUCGUGAUGGAAACAUUUUCGACAUUUGAUACACAAUAGAUGGUAAUCAAAAUCGAUACUUUCAUCGCUUUUAUAACCAUUAAAGGAGCUAAAUUCGGGAAAUUUCACAAUCUAGAACAAUUAAUUGAUUGUUUACUCAUUUGAUUGGCUCUGUUUUUCCUCCAGUUAUUAUCCAAUGUAAAAAUAUCAACCCUUUAUUAUCAUGGUGGUUGUUGAAAGUUAGAUUGUUGUACAAUUUGAUUGAAUCAAGACAAUCAGAGUGUUUAUCAAUUAUCACUCUGACCUUUUUUACCAUAAUUAUGAUUAUUAAUUACAAUAGAAAUUGUGAAAAUUAACUUGAUUGUUUUGAUACAUAUUAUUUUAAUUUGUUUGAUUCUAAGCCGAUAAAGUUAUGGUUAAUGUAUUUACGUUUCAGUUGAGAGACUUUGAGUCCGAUAAACUUUGUAUUCCUUCAAAAGGAAAUGUCCAAGUUGACUUAUCGACCGAUCUACUCGAUUGAUGUUCAGUUCGUGGUGAUACUGACCCACCGACACUCAAAUGCACCAAGACUUGUCUCUAUGUCUUUCUGGUUACGAUAAAAACUUUGACCAAAAUUCGUAGAGUUUUAGAUGACCAAUAUUCCAACGAUCGCCAAUUUACAAUCCAUUCUGAUUUCUCUUAUUAUCCAACAGAAUCUCUCAACAACACGAAUCUCAAUCGGCGAUUUCAUGAGUACUUCAUGAUAAAGAGAGAAAGGAAGAGAGAAAAAGAUAAAUUUCCAAAAGAAUGAACCAAGAUUCUAAUGAACGUGGAAUAGAAAAUAUCAUCAUCGGUCCAUCGAAUCUGAACCAU